CUGUCUCUCUAUUUCACAGCUUUCAGUGAUGGAUGUUAAACCCUAGAUAGACUUCAGAGCACUAUCAACACCCUCUCCUCUUCCUGCUCAUCACCAUGGACUCCCCUUCUAAGAAGUCCGGUGUGUUGUCCCACCUGCGGCAUCGCGCCCAGCCCCUCCUCUCUACCCUCCGACGGGGCAGGAAGAACCCCAGUAAGACUGAGGUGUGUCCAGAACAUGUCUUAAACCACAGGAUGAGUUCCUCUGUCCCAGACAUCACCCCCACCUCCUCCCUGGCCCAGCAGGACUACCAGACCUACAGCAGCCCCAACACUCCCACCAUUAAGACUGUUGGAGACAGAAGGCAGGGAGGAGGUGCUAGCUCUCACACCGUUAACACGGCUGGGAGUGCUGGGAGCGACGCUGCUCUAAACCGACUGAGUGUCCCGGUGGACCAGGCUGACUGGACGUCCCAGGAGUCGGUAUGUAGUGAACCCAGUGCUGCUCCUUAUGAGGAGGAGGACCUGUCAGAGGAGAGCCAUGCGCUGAGAGCUGCUUCUGCUGGGGGGGGGUCAGGGACAGAGGACUUGGAGCUGCAGGACCACACGGGACACUGUAGUGAACACACUACCACUCCCAUUGGCCUGCACAGCAGAGAGAUCCCCUCAGUGGAGAUAUCAGAGGACAUGACUGAGCAGAACGGUGACAGCCAUGACCUUGAGGCCCAAACAUCACGAGACACGGAGAACAACAGUUUUGAGAUGGGGAGUCCUACUGAGAUGCUGAGUGUAUCCGACAGCACCAGAGAGUCCCAGAGGUCCUACCUCCUCUCUAUCAACCUGAAGGAAGGACGCAACCUGGUCAUCAGAGACCGCUGUGGUACAAGUGAUCCUUACGUGAAGUUUAAACUGGAUGGGAAGACACUAUACAAGAGCAAAGUGGUUUAUAAGAACCUCAACCCAACAUGGAACGAGUCCUUCUCUUUCCCUGUCAGAGACCUGGACCAGAGACUGUAUAUUAAGGUGUAUGACCGGGAUCUGACCAUGGAUGACUUCAUGGGAUCCAGCUACCUUCUCCUCAGUGAUCUGGAGAUGGAAAAGGUGUGUGAGCUGUCCGUGCGUCUGGACGAUCCCAACAGUCUGGAGGAGGACAUGGGAGUCAUCAUGCUGGACAUGUCUCUCUCUCUUAGGGAUAGAGACAACGAGAGGAACUCUAGGUGGCCUAAGAGGAAGAGGAGUAUCAGGUCUCCGCUGGCCCAGGGUGGUCGUCUAUCAGAGUCUCUGAGGAAGUCUCAGCUGUGGUCAGGUGUAGUGGGGGUGACCCUGGUGGAGGGACAGGACCUGCCAGAGGACGGACCUGGAGAGCUGUUUGUUCGAUUCAGACUGGGGGAGCAGAGAUACAAGAGCAGGAACCAGCCCAAGAAGGCCAACCCCCAGUGGAGGGAGAGGUUUGACUUCAACCGGUUCCCGGAGGGUCCUGGGGUGCUGGAGAUAGAGGUCUGGAACAAAGAGGGACGCAAAUAUGAGGAGUGUUACGGCAUGUGUGAGGUGGACCUGUCCAGUGUUCUACCCAACCAGUCUCAGCUGUUCACGCGGGUUCUGAAAGAGGGAAAAGGUCGUGUGGUCUUCCUGAUCGCUCUGAGCACGUGUAGUGGCGUCUCCAUCUCCGACAUGUGUGCCCCGCCCCUCGAGGAGCCUCAGGAGAGAGAGAAAACUCUGGAGAAAUACAGUUUCAAAAGUUCCUUCAGGAACCUCCGGGAUGUUGGUUUCCUUCAAGUUAAGAUUAUCAAGGCUACUGAUCUGUUGGCAGCUGAUUUAAAUGGGAAGAGUGAUCCGUUCUGUGUGUUGGAGUUGGGGAACGACAGACUGCAGACUCACACCAUCUAUAAAACCCUCAACCCCAACUGGAACAAAGUCUUCACCUUCCCAGUAAAAGACAUCCAUGAUAUUCUGGACCUGACCAUCUUUGAUGAGGAUGGAGACAAAGCACCUGACUUCCUGGGCAAAGUGGCCAUUCCUCUGCUUUCUAUCCACAAUGGUCAACCGAUCUGCUGUCCCCUGAAGAAAGAGGAUCUGGUGUGUCUGUCUAAAGGAAGCAUCUUCCUAGAGCUGGAGCUCAUCUUCAACCCAGUCAGAGCAGCUAUCAGAACAUUUAAACCAAAGGAGAAGAAAUUCAUGGAAGACAAUCCAAAGUUUUCUAAAAAGAUGUUGGCACGUAACGUGUACCGCGUGCGUAACCUUUACAGAGCAGUGCAGUCCACAUGCCAGUACAUCAGCAGCUGUUUCCAGUGGGAGAGUUUCCAGAGGAGUCUCAUAGCCUUCCUGAUAUUCCUGCUGGCGGUAUGGCAUUGGGAGUUCUACAUGUUGCCUCUCUGUCUGGUUCUGCUCAUCACAUGGAACUAUCUUCAGAUUGCAUCUGGACGGGCCAACCAGGACCUGGAUAAUAUGGACUUGGGCGAUGAAGACGAUGAAGAUGAAAAGGAAUCCGAGAAGAGAGGUUUGAUGGAAAAAAUUCACAUGGUUCAAGAGACCGUCAUCACUGUCCAAAACCUGUUGGAGGAAAUCGCAUGCUUCGGGGAGAGAAUUAAGAAGUGAGCAUUUUAGUCUGAAUUAGACAUGUGUUUAUUUUAAUUGUCCAUAAAUGUUGAUUUGACAUGGUGUUCUGGUUUUGACAUGUGUUUAUUUUAAUUGUCCAUAAAUGUUGAUUCAAUAUUUCGUUUAUAUUUUUUCUAUGUUUCUGCCCAUAUCUCCUCCAACCAAAAUGAAGUUGGGCGCAAGUUAGGGAGGCAGGUAGCCUAGCGGUUAGAGCUUUGGGGUGGUAACCCACUAGUUAGGGAGGCAGGUAGCCUAGCGGUUAGAGCUUUGGGGUGGUAACCCACUAGUUAGGGAGGCAGGUAGCCUAGCGGUUAGAGCUUUGGGGUGGUAACCCACUAGUUAGGGAGGCAGGUAGCCUAGCGGUUAGAGCUUUGGGGUGGUAACCCACUAGUUAGGGAGGCAGGUAGCCUAGCGGUUAGAGCUUUGGGGUGGUAACCCACUAGUUAGGGAGGCAGGUAGCCUAGCGGUUAGAGCUUUGGGGUGGUAACCCACUAGUUAGGGAGGCAGGUAGCCUAGCGGUUAGAGCUUUGGGGUGGUAACCCACUAGUUAGGGAGGCAGGUAGCCUAGCGGUUAGCGCUUUGGGGUGGUAACCCAAACCCGAACAUCAGAGCCGACAAGGUGAAAAAUCUGUCAAUAUGCCAUUGAGCAAGUCACUUAAACCUAAUUUGCUCCACUGGUGCUGAACUACUACGGCUGGCCCUUUAAAACAACACAUUCCACUGCACCUAUCAUACUACCAUGACUGACCCUGUAAAACAACACAUUCCACUGCACCUAUUAUACUACCAUGACUGACCCUGUAAAACAGCACCUAUCAUACUACCAUGACUGACCCUGU